AUGGAUCAAAGAAAUUUGGGUGAUGUUUUGGAAAAGGCCGUGUCUGAAGAAAGCUGGGGAAGGGAGCUUUUUGGGGACAUUCACAGAUACAGGAAGGAUGAUGGCGAUGUUGCUUGUGGGGAGGAAAUUCAUCGAUCAAAGAAUUUCAACUCUGAUUUAUUGGGAGGCCGGUCAACUACUUGUGAAGCUCUUGGGGGUGGUGAUGAGGUCCCUCAUGCGGAUAGGGUUUUUUGGGAUGUCCCAAAUGGUGAGAAGGGGGUGCAUUUAACUGAAUGGGCUGAAAGGGAAGUGGAGGCCCAAGAAAUGAAUCAAAAGGAGGGACUGAAAGGUGUUUUGGAGUCAUGGGCUUGGGAGCCCACGAAUUUGGGAGUUGAUAUAGGCUUGCAGGCUUUGUUUAAUUUCCUUAGCAUUCAGGUUUCUCAGCCCAAUAUGCUAAUGCUUUUGCAUCUUUGGAAAGCUUUUAUGGUCUGGCCCAUCUUCCACCUUUUUAAUCCUCAAGUGAAUUUAGAUGAUUUUGUGUCAACUUCCCUCCUGCCAUGCUAUCUCAAGCCACAAUAUCAAUCUGUUAUGUUGAGGGAAACUGAUGAAACGGAUGAAGCUUCUCCCAUGGCUAUUUUGCAGGCUACAUCUUCUGAGGAGGAAAAUAUGUUCCAGUAUAGUGAGUUGCUUGCUAAUAUUGUGAAGUUAGGGAUGGAAAACUCUUUAGAGUCUCCUGAUUUACCAAGAGAGAACACAAUGAAGGAGGUGCUAUCAAGAAGAAAGAAAGCACCUCCUUUAUCCCCACGGGAAAGAGCUCUUCGACUACUAGGAAUUGAGGAAGGUGAUGCCACUAGCAUUAUCACAGCCGGACGGCCACGCAGAAAUGGGUAUGCCCCACUCCGAAUUACUCAUGAUUUUUAA